AAUUUAGUAAAUGUAUAGCAUAAAACACGAACGUGCGAGUUACUAUGGCAAUCCGACGUAAAUACACCGACGCUGCCAUUCAAAUAGUUUGCACUGACCAAUGUUAUAUUCAUUUACUCAAUGCACAGCUGGCAGACGUACGUGUCGAAUUCUAGGUGGAAGUUGAUUUGAAGUUUGAUAACUUUAGAAACUUUGCUGCCAAAUAUCUGUCCUCAUCGUUAGCUGUCAAUGGCAAACUACAGUCUGAAAUUGCAUGGACAGGGGUCUAUCUUCGGGAAUAUCAACGGGCCUGCGCAAAUUAUUAGAAAUUGAUCUACCACACAUCACCAAUCGUAAGACAACGAUCCCUGUCGUGGAACGUGUUGGAUUACAUGUCUGGGUAUAUAAAGACGAUUGUAAUCAGCGUUCGAUUCAACGACGAACAUGUUAUCCCCAUUGAAUGUUGUGCUAUCGUUGGUCCUUGCGAUUGAUGUGGUCAUUUCGCGGGAUGAUCAGCGAACGGCCCAAGUGAUUUCAACACUCUUGACUGACUCGAAAUGCCCAGCAACGAUCGUCGUAUCGGAUGAUAGCCCCGGACACUACACCGAAGGACUUCUAAAUACGUUUGUCAACAUGCACAUAGGUCAACAUCCUCUAAUUCUUCCUGAAGUUUCCGAUUGGAGUUCAAAGAGGCGAUAUAGAGAGCCAACGUGUCAGAAUGCUGUCAUCUUUGGUCGUCAAAUCACGACGUUGUCCUCGUUAUACCUCGCAAUUAAAAGCCAAUUUCACGUCAACAAUGCGAUGGUCGUUGCCCGUUUCACUCCAGAAGACGCCAUCCGUCUGCUGUUUGACAUCCAGGACGAGAAAAUGUUUGUCUUGUUGGAGAAAAAUGGCAGAGAUUUGGAACUCUAUUCGUGGAAAGCCAAUAACAAAACAUCGUUCGUGAUUAUUAGAAGCCCAUCGAACGUGACUCUCGCAAAAGCACGAGAUCGAUCGGUCAAUUUAUCGGGACGGCAUCUGAUGAUUGGCACGCUGACCUAUCCUCCGUCCAUUAUCAUCGACAGUGGGCGAGGAAUUCAAGGGAUUGAACCAUCCAUCAUAGAAACUCUGAGUCACAACUUGAAAUUCACCUAUGAAUUUAUUGAAACAUCACCGAACGAAAUGUGGGGCGAAAUAUUCGGUACCGCGGACAAUCGCACCUUCACUGGACUCCUGGGCAUGCUCGUCCGCAAGGAGGUCGACAUCGCUGCUGGCGAACUGUACAUUUCCAGUCUCCGUUUUCCAUACAUCGAUUACACCGACAUCUACAACUUUGGCUACGAAUCAUUUCUCGUUCCAGCUCCGCGACCUUACGGCAAAUGGACGGCCCUUUUCUAUUCGUUCACCUGGCCCACUUGGUUGGCCACCAUCGUAUCCGCUUUCGUGGUGAUUGUAAUGCUCCGUUUCGUCGCUGCUUGCUCGUCGCGAUAUUCUGAAUCUCCCAACAACGACGUGUUUGCUGAUUUCCAGUAUUGUUGUCUCUACGUCAUCGGGAACCUGUCCAACGUGCAGGUGCAACCGCAAAACAUCACGUCCGGCUCUAACCGGACAUUCCUCAUCGGUUGGCUGUUUGCCACGCUCAUCCUGUCCACUGGCUAUCGUUCGGGACUGAUAUCUUACAUGACGUUCCCUUUCACGCCACCUACCAUCGACACCCUUCAACAGUUGGUGGACAGCCCUUUGCAGAAGGUCGUUUUCGGCUUUUUUUUCAAGUCGAUUCUCAUGAAUUCAUCAAACCAACUGGAGAAGAAAAUCGGGGAACAAUUAAUUCCGCAUUACAAUUUGACUGGAAUGUUCGUGUCGUUAGAGACCGAUUCGUCGGCCAUUCAAUCCAGUUUGAAUAAUCUUCUUUACAUGGCGGCUACGAUGUACCCGACGACCAGUGCCGGCCCACGGGUCCACCUCAUCAAAGAGAAUCUCGUGCCCGCCUGGGUGGCGUUUGGUUUGCAGAAGAACUCUCAAUUGAAACCGUAUUUCGAUAAAGAGAUUCAACGUUUGAUUGAAUCUGGCCUCGUCGAGCAUCACAGGACGACUUUCGCGAAGAGGUUGGUCAAAUGGAACCCGAAAAAAGCCAGUGACCGCAUAUCGUUCACGCUGGACAGCUUGCAAGGGGCGUUCUAUUUACUCGGUGUAGGUAUCGUCGCAUCGAUUGUAGUGUUUACAAUUGAAAUAGGUUCAGCCUGGAGCGUUUUUAAGGUUAGACCGAAAUAGUAUAAUUGUUAUUUCAACGAGGGCGGACGAGGACGUUGAAGUUAGUCCAUUUUUUUAGAGAUUUCUGUCUAAUAUCCAAUUAGUCUUUCAAUUGUUAGUUCUGGCUGUAAAGUGUACGAGAUGUUAAACACAAAUAAAUCGACUGAACCAUCAGUUCCUGCAUUUUUUUGUUUUGGUUGUUUUGCCCACCAACCCAAGUGUAAGUCCCUCUGGCUACGAAGGAGCAGGUAUAAAAAGGAAGGAAAAAAGGCCAAAACUGGAAGCAAUUAUGAAGAUUAAAUCUUCCGAAAUUGAAGGAUUCUUACCCUUCGUAAACCAUAACUUGCAAAACAAACACAAAAACAAACGAAAUAUUAUAACGUUCUAAAACCCUACAUACAGGAAUAGAACAUCAUGACUUUCUAAAACCAAGCAAAAUUUUGAACAGUGGCUGUUCACAGACAAUUCUUGGCACAAGUGUAAAAUCCUCGUUGUUCU